UAAGCUGCCUUAGCCGACUGCAGCAUUGGACUCCAAAUUGGGAAAAUGGCGACUCUUGCUCUUCCCAAAAUAACCCUUACCUCGACCUCCAAUCCUCUAAUCCCUGGCCGUUCUUCUCUCCAGAUUCGGUUCGCGAAGUACUCCUCCACAUGCUUCAGACCUCUCAUCGGCCAGAUCUCUUCUCUUAGAUCUCCUGCUCAACGUGUUCCGACGCCUGCGGCCGUAUCCGGUUCAAGCGCCGAUGGCGAGCCGAGAUCGAGCAUUGGAGAUCUAACCCUCGCGGUCGAGGGAAUGAUGUGCGAUGGAUGCGCUGCAAGCGUGAAAAGGAUUCUGGAAAGUCAAGCUCCAGUAUCAUCAGCUAGCGUGAGCUACUUGCAAGGAGCGGCUAUCAUAUGGGCUUCACCAGAAGCUAAAACCGGGUUGAAUUGGCAGGAGGAAGUUGGGGAGAAACUUGCACAGCACUUGACCACUUGCGGAUUCAAGUCCCAGCUCAAGGGCUAGUUAUUACUCUUAAUUAUGUAUCUCAUGGCCAAUGAUGUACCGCUAUUUCACCUGGUUAUUUUAUUUACCCCCACGUCAUUCAGUUAUUGAUGUGCUUUGUCAA